GGACCACUUAAUUACAAAAUCAAGAUAACACAACAGUCAAAAUGGUUUCCGACUUCAGAAAGAAGAAGCUGCUCCAUGUCUUCACAUCCUUCUUUGACAGGAAUGGAAGUGGAUCCAUUGACAAGAAAGACUUUGAACUAGCAGUUGAAAAUAUUUCUAAGUUGCGUGGUUGGGCACCCGGUGACGCUAAAUACAAGGAAACUCAGAGUUCAUUGAUGAAGAUAUGGGACGCCCUACAAGGAAGGGCUGACAGUGACAAAGAUGGAGAAAUAUCAGUAGAUGAAUGGGUCUCGAUGUGGGAUGAGUACGCCAAGAAUCCGUCAGGAUCUUUUGAGUGGCAAAACCUUUACUGUAAAUUUAUCUUCAACCUGGAAGACGCGAGUGGUGAUGGAGCAAUUGACGGCGAAGAGUUCUCAUCAGUUUACGCGUCCUUUGGUCUAAACAAAGAUGACGCCCUCGCUGCCUUCAGAAAAAUGUCACAGGGCAAAGCAAAUGUAUCCUGGUCUGAAUUCCAAGACCUAUGGAAGGCAUACUUCACCUCGGAAGACGCUAAUGCAGCAGGAAACUUCAUCUUUGGAAAAACCAGCUUUUAGAUGUUAAAUGAAAUUAAAGUGUCAAAUAUACACGUAAGUUUUUCGUCAGUCUUUCUCGAUUGAUCUGUUUUGUAUUGCUUGUAUCUGAUUAAAAUAUAGAUAAUAAUAAAA